UUGGGAUCAAGCGCAGUACCGACACAAGGGACGCUCACGAUCAGUCCUCGCCGUCUCGCCGUCGCGGUAGGAGACAUGGCACAUUCGUCUUUAUUUCUUUCAUGUUACGAGUAUCUUAAAAGGAGAGAUUAUUAGAAGAUUAUUAGACGAUUUCGUUUAUUGUACAAUGGACAUGGCUCCUUUUUCUACGUUUUGAAAUGAAAGGGAUACUAAGACAGCCAUCUUGGAUCUAAUCAUCGAACAUUUCGACUAGCGAAGUUAGGUAAAAUAUUGUAUUUUGAAGACAAAAGUUAAAAAAAAGAAAAAGUUAUCGAUCUUAUUCAUAAGAUUUCAUUAAUUUUUCAUUUGAUCAUUAACCUGAUUAUUUGAACUCAAUCGAAAAAUUCCUUUCUCCGAAAUUAUAUUAAAAAUUUCUCGAAGGCAAAGUUUCAAGAAAAUUAUUAUUCCGUAUGAACUAGACCACUUAGAUUCCCAUAAUAAUUUCGAACAGUUCUCAGUUUAAAGAGUACCCAGAGAGUUCUUUCUGGAUUAAGAAGUGAAUAGAGAAGAAGUAAGAAAAGAAAAAAGAAAAAGAAAGAAAAAAAAGAAGAAGAAGAAGAAAAGCGAAUCAGGAAUUCAGUUUGUCGGGAGGAGAAGAUUCUUGAUAACGAUUGAUCGAUCGAUUAAUAGAUCGAUCUCUCGUGUUUAAGAGAAGAAAAAAAGAGGAGCAGUAGUAACACGUUCCUGAUCGUUGAUAAGAGCUAGAGAAGAAAAAAAAACGGAUUAAUAUCGAAGCAAUUUCUUUUCCCAGCCAGCCAUAUUGGAUUUCGUUGAGGUUGCUAAAGUAAAAGCGGAUAUCCUUUCUGCUGGUACCUGGUAAUGCCUUGCCUUCCUGAAUUGACGAGCAAGUAGGUAAUCGCUGAAUAAAAAAAAAAAAGAAGAAAUAGAGAGAAAGAGAGAAAGUGAAAGAAAAAAAAAGAAAAAAUAAUACGCCGUCGGCCACGGCCACCGUCGGCGACCGACAAUAUGGCCGACCAUGAAAGAAUCAGAUUGGUCGUCCUCGGUGGCGCUGCUGUCGGUAAGAGCGCCAUUAUACGUCGUCUAUUAGGACAAGGUUUUAGUGAGAGAUACAGGCCAACUGUCGAGGAUUUAUAUUCAAGAGAAUGUGUUCUUGGAAAUCUAACUCUCAAAGUCGAUCUUCUCGACACUACUGGGGACUUGCAAUUUCCAGCUAUGAGAAGAUUGAGCAUAGCCACGGCUCAUGCUUUUCUUCUCGUUUAUGCUAUAACAUCGUCGCCCAGUUUUGAAUGUGUUAAACGAUGUUUCGAAGAAGUUAGAGAACAACGUACGGACUUCCAGGAAGUACCAAUAGUGGUAGCUGGUAACAAACAUGAUCUCGCUGCAACACGUAGAGAAGUACCGAUCGAGGAUGUAAGCGAAUGGCUUUUCUGCGAAUUACCAAAACUUCGGGCAAAGGUGAUGGAGUGUUCGGCUAAAGACGAUUACAAUAUAAAGGAUAUAUUUAGGUGUUUCGUAACGCUAUCAAGAAUCGUACCAAAAAAUCCAACUGGAGAUUCUGACGAAUCAGGAUUGAGAAGGAGAUGUUCGGCUUAUGGUUCACGAAGAUCCGGCAGUCCAGGAAGCAGAUCAGGAAGCGCUGGUUCAGGAAGCCCUCAACCACAAUUGGUUGCGACCCAAAAUGUCAAUGUGGUAACCACAACGGAGGAAGUGAAAAGCAAACCUCGAAGUCGUAGUUUGAUCAGACGUGCCUCGAGAAAAACAAAGCAACAAAUUCGAGACUCUCAUGCGGAUGACUGCAAUAUUUCUUAAAGCGAUUUAACGAAAAAGAAAAAGGAUACAUAAUGAAAGAAAGAAAGAAAAAAAAAGAAACGAAUGUGAUGUCACGUUCGUUCUUUUUCGAAAAAUAAUCUUGUCGAUCGUCGACUCGCCGAACUUGUUAUUAAUCAAAAUCAGAGAGGAUAGAUCAGGAUAGAGAAUCACGUGGUUAAUGAAAAAAAUGGAUCUCUCAAAUUUUGAAGAUCUGCAGAAAAUAAAAUUAAAAAAAAAAGAAAAAAGAAGUAAGAAGAGAGGAAUGAAAGAGGAACGGAAAGAAGUCCUAUAAUUUGUUGUCUUUUGAAUUAAAAACAAUGGAUUUGUUUUACGUAAAAAAUCGUAAUUGGCAAUUUUUCUUCUUUGGAAUCAAAAUUCAAGUUCAAAUCAAAAUAAAAGAAAAUUUUCUUUUUUACUUAAAAUUGUAAAGGAAAAAAUUGGUUUUUUAAUUAAAAUUGAACUAGAAGAAAAUUUUUGUUUUUAUAUUAAAAUUAUAAAUAAAAAACAGAAGGAAAAAAGGAAGUUUGGUUCAUAAUUAAAAUUAUGAAAAAGGCUCAUAAAGAGAAACUAAAAUCAGUUCGGAAUAGAAAAAUAUUAAGAAAGAAAAAGAUCUAUAAUCCAAACAAAUUCUGCAUAAUAAGCUUCCUUGCUUUACAAAAGUAAUAUUAAUUACUAUGUGGUAUCAAAUAAAUGACUACAUGUAAAAUAAAUUGUAAUGACGUAACGAUAAAUGUAUGUAUGCGUGUGUGUGUGUGUGUAUGCGUAUGUGCGAGAAAAUAAAAUAAUAUUACAGAUUGUGAAAGAGAAAAACGAAAGAGAGAAACAAAAAAGAGAAAAGAAAAAAAGAAAUUUAAUUUUCUCUUUGUCGAUUCGUUAUCUCUUUCUUUCAUAUAGUUUAAACGUUCGAUCGUUUCUUCUAUGAAAAAAAGAAAAAAAGAAAAAAAAGAAAAAAGAACACAAUAAAAAAGAUGAAAAGAAAAAGAUUUUAAACAAAGUUCGCUUUUGUCAUUGCAAGCAAAAAUAUAUAUAUAUUAAAUAUAUAAUAAAUAAAUAUAUUAAAUUAUAUCAAGAUACCAUGUAGAGAACAUCGUUGGUAUGUAUCUAUUUAAUUUAAGCAUCCUAAGCUUUGAAAUCUUAUUCUUGUUGUAUUGUUAUAUAUAUAAAUAAUAUAUAAUAUAUAAAUUAUAUUAUAAUACAUAUAUAUGUAUACAUAAUAUUAAUAAUAAUAACAAUAACAUUAAUAAUAAUAAUAUUAAUAAUAAUAAAAAAGACCUUCCAUUCGAUGCACAAUUUUUCCAACAAAAAUUCAGAGAAAUAUUUAUUCGUAUCUAUAGAUUUAUUCGUAUCUUACGAUUAUUAUCAGGAUAUUAAUAUUUCUAAUAUUUUCAUGAAAUGUCGAUGUCACGAAUGUCGAUUAACGCUUAAAUAAUAGAAACGAUCGAUAGGACAAGGUCGAGAGGCACAUUUAAAGAUAUUAAUCCUUUGUACUGAAACGUUGCUUCAAUUGUGGUCAAUAGAUCGUCCAUUUAUAAUUAUAUUAAUAAAAAUCUGUAUAAAUUUCGAUAUAACAAUUUUAAUUUAUAUAUAAUAAUUUUCGUACGAGUAUUAUUUAUUUGCUAUCAUGUAAAAAAUGUUUUUAACGACCCUACAGAAAUGCAAAAAAAUACGCUGAGUACAAAGGGUUAAAUAUUUAAAGAAAAAAAAGAAAAAAAGAAAAGAAAUUUGUCGUUAAAAUGCAAGAAAAUCGAUGCACAAAUGGGAUUGAAAAAGUACGAUCGAUUCGACACGAUCGAUUCAAACACACGAAGUCAAACGUAUACACAUAUACAUAUAUACAGAGAACCACGUAGAACAGAUUCAUUUAUGAGAUAAAUAAUAAUUAAAAUGUUACCUGCGAAGACUAAUUAUUUUUAUUACCGAUUAUAGAAGAAUAAAAUUUGGAUGUCUUGAGCGAAAAAUAGAAAGCAAUUAAUUAAUUGAUUAAUUGAAUAAAUAAAUAAUUAAUUAAUUACUUAAUUAAUUAAUUAAUUAAUUGUACGAUAUGUUUCAAUAACAGAUAUGAUAAGCUUUUGAUGAAUGAUUGCUUGGUGAUAAAAAAAAGUAAAGGAAUAAAAAAAAGACAAAAAAGAAAAAAAUAGAUGAUACCUUUAUCAACGUGCAUAAAAUAAAAUAAGUAACUGCACCUCGUGAAUAAAUUAAUAAUUAAUAACAAAUUUAACUUAACAAAAUAGUCGAGAUCCGAGAACAUACAAAAAGUCGACGAACACAAAGCUGCUGACGUCAUAUAUAACAGUCAGGAGCACAUUAUAAUUAACUUGUAACAAAUGGUACGUAACCGGAACGUGCCAUUAUGUGCCAUUAUUGAAUACUGAUUAAUUAUUCAACGUGUAUCGUUCACAUAGAUAUUAAGAUAUUCGAUGUUACGUGUAUGUACUUACGUACAUCCCCUUUUCUUUUAAUUAAUUCCAUUUUCCUUAUAGUUUUUUCUUUUUUUUAAUUUGUCAAUCUAAACACAAAAAUCAUUUCUAAAAUUUUUAACUCGUGGGGUAAAAUAGAUCACUCGCGCAUUACAACUAUAUUAACGUUUGAGAUAAAAAAAAAUUACCAAAAAAACAAAAAAGAAAAAAAAUAAUGAGCAUAUAUAUUAUUAUUAAAUAUAAAUAUACUUGAUAAUUAAAAUUUAUAAUUAACCGUCCCAUAUAUAAAAAAAAAAAUAUGUGCAAAGAAACAAAUAUAAACACGAAAAUAAAAGUAAAUGUAUAAACAUAAAGAAAAAGAUAAAGAUGAAUUAUCAGUGUCGUCGACAAGGUAGAUAUCCUUGUUAAAUCACGAAUACGCUUAAACGGAUACUUGGUAAAACGUUCUAAUUAUAUACAUACAACGUGUGUGUGUGUGUAUGCGAUUUUUGUACUUCGACAUUUUAAUGCGAUAGAGAGCUUUUCAAUAACUACAUUUUCAAUAAUUGUUGAUUGCGUGUACACGUUAAAAAUUCGUUUAUCUCGUCUUUAUUCCGUCGCAAGAAUCUUAUAUUCUAAUUUAUUAAUUGAUUAUAUGAAACUGUCAUCUAUAUAUAUAUAUAACGAUACACACACAUGUAAGCUAUCCAAAGUACGAUUAACCAAUAAAAUCAAUGCUUUAAAAAAAAUCAUCUCGAAAGAAAAAAGGCACAAAAAUAUUUCAACAACGCUGAUUUGUCCGUUUCGUGUGUAUCGUUCUAAGACAAUGUCAUUGAUCGUAAUCAAUGAAAUUAAUUAUAAUCAAUUACGAUAAUGAAAAAAUAGUUAAGAAAUUUAAAAUGAAGAAAAAAAAACACAAAAAAAAGAAACAAACAGAUCGUCUCGCUAUAAUUGCGUAACUUUGUGUAGAGAUAAUAGAAAAAAAAAAAACUGUCGUCCAAUAGGAUCUUCGAUGUCGCUUUCCAAUUUCUUAACGUACUUACAAAAUAUUUUUCAUCUUAAUUUAUCGUAUUUGUUAGCUAUAUAUCGCAAAACAAGCGGAUCGUCCGGGUAUAACAAUGUAAAUAAAAAUUUUCUGAUCGUGAUCCAGGGUCGAGUGUGACCUAUGCAAGAUGUAAGGGACGCCGCUCGAUGUCAAGGACGUCCAUGACAAAAGCACUUACAUAUAUAUAAAGAAUUUUUUAAUAUUGCACUUUCACUAGAAGCAGUUUUUUCGAGAAGUCGAAAAAUAUUCUUUACAAACAUCAUGAAGUAGCGUUUAAUAAGUUUACAUUAAAUCGUUUUAAUAUUGAUUCUGUCACAUUAAAUAGUGGUAUUUUGUGCUUUUUCAUAGCACUUAAAUAUACCUAUAUUUUCUUUAUUUAAAUUAUAUCUAUUUUGAAAUAGAAUUACAAGUAACCAAGUAAUAAAAAUAAUUCUAUGAUUCCGUAUAAAUUCUUGCAUAAGGGUAUCGAGCAUCCGACCUGUCAUGAUCUAUUAUAUUCUUUCGUAAUUGUUCGGGAUUUACGAACAAUAUGGCGCUCGUAGAUUGACGCCAAGUACUAUUAUAUCACAUAUAUGAUAUAUAUAUAUAUAAACAUCAAACUUCUAUGUAUCUAUAAAUAUAUAUAUAUAUAUAUACAUUUGUAUAUAUAAAUAAUUAUUAUAUUAAGCUAUUACAUUUCUCUGUUAAUAUUUAAGUAAAUGAGAGAGGCUAAGCUACAAAUCAAAAGAAGUAAUUCAAUCUUUAAGAGACAUGCUAUAUGCUAAUUACCUGUCUGUCUUUUUAGAAGUAUUACGAAUAAUACAACAUAGGAAGCAUGUGAAUUCCUAUUGGCUAUCGGCGAACAUAUUAAAAACAAUUUAUUUAUAAACAAAAUAUUAAUUAGUUAGAUAAAAUCAAAAAAUUCCAAACUUUUCUUCGCACUAAGUUCAAAGAUAUACAUCUAUGUACUUCACUGUUCACCAUAUUUAAUCAAAGUAACGAAGCUUUCUAUUGAUUGAAUCUUAAAAGCAAGAUUUUUCGCGCGUUCGUUAUAUAUAUAUAUAUAUAUAUAUAUAUAUAUAUAUAUAUAUAUAUAUA